GAGCGCGCAGAACCGCAGGGGCGCGUCAUUGUUAUUAUUUAUGUCUUUACGUAUAUGACUUGUUUAUUGUAGCGGUGUUUAUUCCAUUUAGGGGAUAGUAAACAAAAAGACGACCCCCCGGAAUCUGCUGAAGCCGCCGGUAAAGGAUACGCACACGCAGCCGGUGGAACGGGUUAUUUUUAGCCACCCACCGCGGCGAUGAGCGGCUCGGAUCCGGCUGUGAGAGGAGCGGUGCAGCGCUGAUCGGAGCCCCCGCCGCCCGACAGCCGGGUGCGUGUGUUCGGGGAGAAUGAAGUCCAGGCGAGACAAGCUGAAGAUCCCCUCUCUGACUCUGGAUUUGUCCCCCACUUGCCAGAGCCCCACCCUCCUGAGCCCGUGCAGCCCCUGCAGCCCCUGCAGCCCCUUACAGACCCUUCAUCCCUGGAGCUGUCGCAGCAGCAACAGGAAGAACCUCGGUGUCGGGACGCCAUCGCCCACGCUGUCCCGGCCACUUUCUCCACUCUCUCUCCACACCGCUGCAAGCAGCCCGCUAGACAGCCCCCGAAAUGUGUCGACCAGCGCCUGCCUCAACUUUCCAUUUGCCAGAAGUCACUUGGCUCGUGCUGACAGAGCUGAGGGCCGGAGAUGGUCUCUGGCAUCCCUUCCCUCGUCUGGCUAUGGAACCAAUCCGCCGAGCUCAACAGUCUCGUCGUCCUCGUCCUCCCAGGAGCGUCUUCACCAGCUGCCGUACCAGCCGACACAAGAUGAGCUGCACUUCCUUUUCAAACACUUCCGCAGCACGGACAGCAUGACCGACGAGGAUGUGAGGCCCUCGACUGUCAUGCGACCUCGGUCUCGGAGCCUCAGCCCCGGGCGAUCAAGUGUUUCUUUCGACAAUGAGAUAGUCAUGAUGAACCAUGUUUACAAAGAACGUUUUCCAAAGGCCACAGCCCAGAUGGAGGAGCGUUUACUGGAGAUCGUCACCCACUGUUCUCCAGACAGCUCUCUCCCGCUGGCUGACGGGGUGCUGGGAUUCAUCCAGCACCAGUUGGUGGAGCUGGUCAGAGACUGCCUGGAUAAGGCCCAGAAAGGCCUGGUUACCUCCCGCUACUUCGCUGAGCUGCAGGAGAAUCUGGAGAAGCUGCUCCAUGAGGCUUACGAGCGCUCUGAAAGCGAGGAGGUAUCUGUCAUCAUCCAUCUGGUGAGGAAGAUCCUCAUCAUAAUCUCCCGGCCAGCUCGCCUCCUCGAGUGUUUGGAGUUUGAUCCAGAAGAGUUUUACCACUUACUCGAGGCAGCAGAGGGCCACGCUAAGGUCGGCCAGGGAAUCAAGACGGACAUCCCGCGGUACAUCAUCAGCCAGCUCGGUCUGACCAGGGGCCCUUUAGAAGACAUGGUGCAGCUGGAACAGUACGAGGCUAGUCCUUCAGUGUCAGUGGAAGCAGAUGCUCAUGUGGAGAAUAAGGCUCCACAGACUCUGACACCCACACGAAGGAAACCUCUUGAAAGGGAUUUUGAGACGAUCAAACUCAUCAGUAACGGAGCUUAUGGGGCUGUGUUUCUGGUCCGCCACAAGGAGACCCGCCAACGAUUUGCCAUGAAGAAGAUAAAUCGUCAGAACCUGGUACUUAGGAACCAGAUCCAACAGGCUUUCGUGGAGAGGGACAUCCUGACCUUUGCUGAAAACCCCUUUGUCGUCUCCAUGUUCUGCUCCUUUGAGACACGACGCCAUCUCUGCAUGGUCAUGGAGUAUGUAGAAGGUGGAGACUGUGCCAACUUACUGAAGAACAUGGGUCCGCUACCUGUAGAAAUGACAAGGAUGUACUUUGCUGAAACGGUCCUGGCUCUGGAGUACCUUCACAACUACGGCAUUGUGCAUCGGGAUCUCAAACCUGACAACCUAUUAAUUACAUCCAUGGGCCACAUCAAGCUAACAGACUUCGGCUUGUCUAAAAUUGGCCUCAUGAACAUGACCACCAACCUGUACGAGGGUCACAUGGAGAAGGACACAAGAGAGUUCGAAGACAAACAGGUUUGUGGCACUCCAGAGUACAUCGCCCCGGAGGUGAUCCUCAGACAGGGCUACGGGAAGCCUGUGGACUGGUGGGCGAUGGGGGUCAUCCUCUAUGAAUUCCUGGUCGGCUGUGUCCCGUUCUUUGGAGACACGCCCGAGGAACUUUUCGGUCAGGUGGUCAGUGAUGACAUCAUUUGGCCUGAUGGAGAAGAUGCUUUACCUUCUGAGGCCCAGGACCUGAUUACCCGCCUGCUGAGGCAGAGUCCCUUAGACCGACUCGGAACCGGUGGAGCUCCAGAAGUUAAGCAGCACCCCUUCUUCCUGGGCCUGGAUUGGAAUGGUCUCCUGCGGCAGAAAGCUGAAUUCAUCCCUCAGCUGGAAGCAGAGGAUGACACCAGCUACUUCGACACUCGAUCAGAACGCUACCAUCACUUGGCGUCUGAUGAGGAUGAGGAAACCAACGACGAAGAGUCUUCCUUGGAAAUCAGACAGUUUUCUUCCUGGUCACAUCGCUUCAGCAAGGUUUACAGCAGCACAGAACAUCUGGCGACACCUUCGAACCUAAGUUUCUCCUCCGACCGUAGCCACAGUGAGGAUAAGGAGGACCGCAGGGACAUGGGAGGAUUCAGUCUCUCCCCAGGCCCAGCAGAUGGCAGUGUGGAGCGCAGACAUGCUGAACGUAUGGCAAGCCUUCGCCCUCGAGCCUCCUCCAGCUCCUCCCAGUCUGAGAGGAGCCCCAGCCCUCUGGUGAUGAGCAGCACCCACAGCCUGGAGACGAUGCCUCGCUUUGCCCUCUCCACUGAUGACGAAGCCGAGGUUGUCGUCUCCAACCUUCGGAGGAUCAGGAUUCGCAGUAACAGCACCGGGGCCAAACACUCAUCCCCCAAGGAGCCUGUCGGCCCUCGGCGCUUCGGUAACCAGCUGGAUACACCAGAUAGACAGAGGCUUCCCUGUGGAGGGAAGGUCCCAAAGUCAGCGUCCGUCUCAGCCCUGUCUCUCAUCAUCACUACAGAUGACUCACCCGGGGGCCUCCAGCCAAGUCCCAUCUCCCCUCGCUCCCUGUCCUCCAACCCCUCAUCCCGUGACUCAUCACCCAGCCGGGACUUUUCCCUCAGCCCUGGCAGCCUGAGGCCGCCCAUCAUCAUCCACACCUCUGGCAAGAAGUUUGGCUUCACCCUACAGGCCAUCCGCGUGUACAUGGGCGACAGUGACUUCUACACAGUGCAUCACAUGGUGUCGAGUGUGGAGGAGGCCAGCCCAGCACACCAGGCCGGACUCCGCACUGGAGACCUCAUCACACAUGUGAACGGAGAGACUGUCCAAGGCCUGGUCCACCCUGAAAUGAUAGAACUGCUACUGAAGAGCGGCAGCAAGGUGGCGCUUCAGACCAUAGCGCUUGAGAACACGUCAAUCAAAGUCGGUCCAGCUCGAAAGACCAAACACAAAGGCAAGAUGGCCCGUCGCAACAAGAAGAGCAAGAGGAGAGACAAUUACGACAGGCGACGAAGCAUCUUGAAGAAGCUGUCCAAGCAGAGCACGGUGAUUCACAGCAGCCGCAGUUUCUCUUCUGGUCUCCAUCACUCUGUUUCCUCCAGCGAAAGUCUUCCAGGCUCCCCGACGCACAGCCUCUCCCCCGGCCCUUCCACACCGUGCCGUAGCCCUGCACCCGACCAUCAGGCCUUUGAAACAAACUCUCCUCAGAGCACAUCUCCAUGCUCCAGCUCUCCCAGUUCUCCAGCAGCACACAUUCGGCCCAGCUCACUCCACGGCCUGGGCUCCAAACUCAGCACGCAGCGCUACACCAAGGUGGGCCGCCGCAAGUCCACCAGCAACAUCCCUCCCUCACCUCUGGCCUGCAACUCGUCAUCCUCCACCCAGCCCCUUUCACCACAGCGCUCUCCAUCCCCGCUGCCAGGCUUCGCUAAAAGCCUCCACUCUUACCACGGCAAAACCCUGUCACCACCCACCAUUGUUCGGCACAUUGUGCGUCCCCGCAGCGCUGAGCCUCCCCGAUCCCCGCUGCUGAAGAGGGUGCAGUCAGCUGAGAAACUGUCAGGGAUGUAUCAUACAGAGAAGAAGUCGUACGCCCCACGCAGGCACACACUGGAAGUACCGUUUUACGGGGAGGCCGAUCUGCUGUGUGACUCUGAGGCAGAGGGCACCUGUGGAGGCUCCUACAUGGGGGCCGAGCACAGCAGGCUCAUGGGCUACAUGGGGAGCCAGCGGGUGAGGGACUCUGAACGAUCCGAGCAGCUGGUUGUGAUGAGAAAGCUCAACCUAUCAGAGCGCAGAGACUCCUUCAAGAAGCAGGAAGCAGUGCAGGAGGUGAGCUUUGACGAGCCGGAGGAGAAAACCAGCACCGCGGCCAGCGUGACCACCACAGCACCAGGAACCCAAACACAACUUAAGCAGCCGCAGCAGCACAGGACGGCAUGGGUGCCCACCCGACCCCAAACAAGUGAGAAGGUGGAGCUGGAAGUUCCAGUUCCAGUUCCAGUGAGGAGGUUUACGCUGGUGCCCCAGAUCGCCGUGCAGGGCUCCACAGAGAGCGAGGAGCAGGACGAGUGGGAGGCGUGUUCAGACAGCGAGGAAACCACAGAGAAGCAAGAGCUCGAGAUCAGUGUCACUUCAUCUCCGCAGCAGCAGGUGGGACGUCCUCUGACCGAGUCAAGCUGCAGUCAAGACGCAGAACCCACUUCCUGUGGUUCUCACAUCGGGGCGUCAGCAGAGAAGAUCGAGUGCAGAGAGGAAACGCAACAAAAAGGGCAUCAGAGAAAGUGACGCCCCAACACUUAUCUCUCAUUUCAGCUGCUCGUUUCUCUUCUUUCAAGCGUAACGCGUGUCAUCGCUGAAUGAAGAAUCCCAGUUGGUUGUUUGUCUGAGCCAGACGAACUGGAAUCUGAACUCUUUUACAAAUGGAAAGACAGUGGGAAAAGUUUUUACUUGAAUUGUUUUUUUUAGUUUUUCUUUUGUAAAUAUCAAGGACGUUCUGGUCGUAUUUAUUACAUUUGAUGAAUUGGUAACAGGGAAUGAGGGAACCUCUCAUUGGUUGAGUUGCCGAGGCUCAACGUUUUUGUAUCCAUAAAAUGUGGCUUUAUGUCUUUUGACUGGAUUUUUUGCUAUAAAUGUCUAUUUUUUAAAACAAUAGUUAUGGCGCAGAGUAGUUUGAUAAAGCUGAGCAUAACUGUUGCAGGACCAAAAGGUACGAGAAGUGUUGGUUCCUUUUUCCCCCGUUCAGUCUGUGUUUUUAAUCUGAACCGUGCAGCUUCCAGUAGUGUAAAUCUGCUACAGUAUGAUCAUAGUCUUCAUAAUCGUAACAAUGACUUUUAGUUCACACUGUGAGAAACUCAUCAUUUCCUGAUAAUUCUCCGUCUGAGAGUACAGUUCAGCCUUCCAUAGCAGUACAUCCUUCAGAACGAGCAUUAACACAAAAGCUACUGGGCUUUAAUGAAGCCGCAGUUAAAAUGAUUCAAGAUCGCACAACUGGAAUUCUUCCAUUUUGCACUUUCACACUCCAUAAUAUCGAGUUAAGUUGGUCUGACAGAAGACGACCAGGGAACUUUUUGUGGCCAGGGUUUCUCUGGGAAUGUAAAGUUCUUCCUGUGACUUCUUGAUCACGAUCCUCACAGUGUGAACUCAUGGUGGCAGCUCCCUUUUGUGUUAAACGUGGAAACCAGUCAGAGCAGGGUAACGCAAAUUACCCAGGUGUGACUUUAAAAUACAAUCUGUUUUGUCUGCCAUAUUUGUGCAGCGUCCUCUAAGCCAUAUCUUCUUUUUUUUUUUAAACAGUUCAAUUGUGUUCCCCAAGUUUCUCAUCUGCAAAUCUCCCAGUCUUGUUAACGUCUCACGGGGAAUGAAGAUGUCAGCCUCCACAUCUGCUUCCUGCUCACCUUUUGACAUGUGUGCACACGGAUGCGGCCCAACUCUGUGUCUCAAACCCUGAGCAGCCAAAUCGAGGUUUACAUCGUCUUCUGAGCCUGGAGGGAAUCACAGGAAUAUCUUUCUGUUGUUUUAUUUUUUACUUGUGUUAUAGUGACUUCACAUUUUGAAAAGUGUUGCAUCCUUUAGCGUUUUGUCUUGUUCUCCCCUCACAAGCGUGUGAGAGACACCCCUUCCUGAAACGACCUUUUCCUACUUCGUUUACUGUGUAGUGAUGUUUACAUCAGGUGGGGAAAAAUGCACUAAUGUAGUUUGACACGACUUUUGUAACCGAAUGUUGAAGAGGGAUGCAUUUACACCGAAUCCAAACCCAGGGCUUCAUUGAACAAAUGUUUUGUGUCUUUGUAUUGUUCAAAUAUUAAUGUUUAUUUUGAUAACAAGGUUGUGUAUAAUUCCUAACGUGUUGAAGGUCUUGAGAACGAUGAUAACUUGUGCCGCCGAGACUUUGGGGAAGUUUGCUCUGAGGGAUUGGGCUCUUUUGAACAGAACACCUUGUUUGGAUUAGUGUUGCACAUCCACUCUAGCCAGGGUUGUGCUUCAAUUUGUCCCCCAAGAUAAAAAAAUGAGUUUUGAGGUUGAUUAUCUUAUAUGUCAGUGUCUAUUGCUGGAUUUUGUACUGACUUUAUCUCCGGUUUCUAUAGCAUCAGUUUUGUUACUGUGGUACUUAAGCCCCCUCGUCCACCUUAAGAAAACUCCCCUCCUGUUGUCGUGUCAGUGAACAGCACAGACAGAUCCCCUAAUGGUUCAGUCAUUUUUUGCAGCGUGACAGAAUUGUUUACAGUGAACAAACAUGCUAUGUACUGUACGAACAUUUUUAUAUCCUUUUGGUUGUACAUGAUGAAACUGCUCACUUUAAUACCCUUUGAAGAAGACGACACUCAAGAGAGUUGCAUAUCUGUUUUUGUCUUUCUUUCAAGAAGUCUGCGAAGAUGAAUUUAACACCAAGCUGGGAAUUGUUCAACAACAUUACAUGCACCAAGGUGACAACGUCUCAGCUUUUAGAAAGGAGAAAGAACCUCUUACCUGGAUAAAUGAACGAGGGAGAAUCCGGCAUUUCAGAGAAACAGAGUGAUGGUCCUGAUGUUUACACAUGUAUGCUGGUUUAUAGUGUGGUUUCCAUAAUGUGCACAUCUGCACACGUCUUCAGAAAUCUCAUUAGUUCAGAGGUGAACUUGUGUAUGAAAGAUAAUAAGAUGCAAGUCAAACUACAAUACCUCCGCCAAGGAGCGACAGUUCCCCUAUGAAUCCACUUUUAAUUCACUUUGUCACUCAAAGGUACCAGCCCCCUAAACACGCUUGAUGUUUUUCAUCACGCUCCAUGAAUAAUUCUCUGAGAAAUUAAUGGAAAUAUUGGAGAAAAAAAAUCAGACCUGGUUCCACACCAAUUGAAUGGGUCCUUAACUGACCCAUACGUCAUCCUGCCACCAAGUGUCUUCCAGUAGAAAAUUCGUAAUGCUGCUAAAAUACAGAACCUCUUUGGCAGAGGUAAUACCAGAACUAAAACCACUGAUUUCCGACACAGGAAGGGACAAACCAUUGAAAAGGCUGUAUCCCUAAAGAAUUCGUUGAAAUUAGGAUCCUGAUCAUUGUCCAGCUGCACGUAAAAAAAAAAAAAAAACGUAUUCGUACCAAUUAAUCCCUUUGGAAAAACCUGGUUCCUUGCGUGAAUGCAAAAUGUUGCUUUGCUCGUCUCUCCUGGUUGAAAGUCCCGUGUCAGAGCAGCUUCAGCCACCGGAGGGCAGCACAACACUCAGCUGGUGUUAGACUCAGGUCUUUGCAGAGCAAACUGGCAGGUCCGACUGUUGUACAGGUGCAUGUGUUCUCCUGUGGACUCUUCUGUUCAGUGCAUGCUGCAUGACACAAGCACACAUAUGUAAUACUUGACUGCAUGGUAUACCGGCGUGGUCGCCCCGUACUGUGUUUUCUCGUGUAACAAAUAAACUUUGUAUUUCUCUUUGA